GCCGCUUGUUGAGACGGAGCUUCUGUUUUCCUUUCUGCAUUCUGUUCUCAGCGUACCAUUCACUCGGAAAAACACAAGUUGGAGGGUGAGCCGAGACGUGGGAGCAUGGACGGGAAAGACGACGAUGCUGAUGUGUUUGACCCUAACAUACCAGAGGAAGGACCCUCAGCUCCCCCUCCUGGCUGGCUGGACAACGUCCAUGGCUAUCAGGACCACCAGGGCGACAAUGGGGUUAACCCAUUGUACCCUCCUCCUCCGGCUUUCAGCCCCCAUUUUGACCAAGACAGGAACACUGCUGUGCCCCAUGUCAGAGUUCCCAUGGUGUCUGAAGAUGUGGCCAGAGAUGCCUUGCUGAAGUUUGUGGAAUCCAAAUGGAGGUACAGCUCCAAACCUGCCAGGAACCUCACCUUCAAAGACCUGAAACCCAUCACUGUCUACAGGUAUCGGCUUGAGACCUUCACCGAGAGCAGAUCCAGCGCCUGGGAGUUUGAACCUUACAAUGGACAGGCGGUGGAUGGUCCUCAGUUCGGUGCGAGUCCACCUCCGUGGGAAGUUCCUGUGACGAUGCCCCAGUUAUUCACUGACAGGGUGGAGAAGGUCCGUGUGCCACACUCCUCCUUCAUAAAGAUGUGUCACAAGUGCAAGGGCUGUGGCAGAACUCGCUGUAGCUUCUGCCAUGGCAGAGGCAGGAGGCGCUGCAUUCACUGUGGCGGCCGCGGGCGCCACAACAAGAAACGCUGCUCCAGUUGUCACGGCAGAGGCCGAAGGAGGUGUACAUCUUGUCACGGGAAGGGGUUUAAAACUUGUUUAGUUUGCCAUGGCAGUCAAAACCUGCUGCAUUUCAUCCUGCUCACUGUUACAUGGCAGAACAAUAAAGAUGACUUCAUCCCGGACCGCCAGCCUGAUUUCCCUGACAAAAAGUUUGAGAAGGUGACAGGAGACCCUUUCUUCAUCGAUGACAAUGAGCUGGUGUACCCCAUCCAGGGCUUCCCGGACCAGGAGAUCUGUGAUGUAUCCAAGAGACUGAUCAGCGACCAUUUCAGUCGCUUUAGUUCCACCAGGCGCAUCCUGUGGCAGCGUCAGACCAUCGAGCUCAUCCCGCUGACCCACGCCCAUUACUCUUACAAUGGAAAAGACUACGACUACUUUGUCUAUGGCAUAGAGAACAAGGUCUUCAUCUCCAAAUACCCCUCUGCAUGUACUAUUUUAUAAGGAUGCCCUCAAGUAGACUUAUGUCAGCAAACAAGCAGAAUGCAGGGUAAUGGUAGGAUGUGUUUUUUUAGGAACCCUCGUAAUAUUAACAAGCCUGCACCACCUGGAAUGUAUUUCACAUGAAUGUCAAACAGUGGCAAGCCUUGUUCUGUUGUAGCAUUUAUUUGAAUGUCACUGGUUCAAUUGUGAUUGGUGGCAGAGGUGGUUUAUGUUCUGUUUUAAUAUUUAAAGGGAACCAAAAAAAACAUGAAUUUGACUGAUUUGUGCAUCAUAAGUGCCUCAUACACAGUAGUAUAAUCCAGUAUAAUCUAGAAAACGUUAUAUGUUUAUAUUCAGGUAAUCUGGUGUCUGGUUAUAUGUAGCACUACCUCUCUUCAUCGUCGAGCCAGCUUGCCAGUCUUACUGGUACUGUAUCUGCUCAUUGGCUGCUGCCUCACUGACAGUGUGUGCAGGCCUGGAAAUCUCAUGUUAAUCCAAAUCUUCACAGUUAUCCACGCACACUAUAACUUUUUAUAUGGUUUUAUACAAAUAACUUUUUAUUGCUGUAUCGUACUCUGCAGUGCAUAAUCCUGCCAAUAUAGCUCUGUUGUGUCAGCAUCUCAUGUAGUUUAUGAACUGUACAUGUUUUUACUGUCAUGUCCGUUCCAAAGUGGAUGUCCUGGAGGUUGACAUCUUUGUUUAGGACACAAAGCCAUGAUAUUUAUCCUAAUACUCAGUGUCAUAUCAUGUUUAUGCAAAAAUGGCUGUCAAGACUGAAUUUCUGACAUUUUGUAAACAGAUUUUUUAAGUUGCAUGCAGACCGUAUGGUUUUGUAAACUUUUGUAAACAAAAUAUUUAAUUUUCAUGACUUUAUAGAGAAAUUUUUAAAAGGUGGGGGAAAAAAUAUUUGAUUAGUUUGUAAACUUUUUGGUCCUGCUCAGGUUUUAGGGUUGCAGAAUCAUAAACAUUCAAAUGUUUCAUGUACUGAUUUUCUUUUAUUUACAUUUCAUGCUCUUUUCAAAGUGCCAAACACUCAUGGGUUUACAAGAUACCAAAUAAUACAAUUGCAGUGUGCAAACAUUUCAUUUCAUGACAAAAUUACAGGUUGUUAAACAGAUCGAUCAUACACAAAAUAUUCUACCUUCUCUCCCAAGUUUGGUAAAUAAAAUCUGUUACAAAAAAGAUUCCCUUCCUGAAGCACAACUCAGGUUUUUCAUUAUCAUCCAGCAUAAAUGAAGGAUAUUUUACUAUAAAGUCCAUGCCAUGGUUGUGGACAGGACAGUGAAAUAAAAAAAAGAACCUCACUCUCAGUUUCACUGAACACACAAGUCUGUCCUCAGGAGUCACAUCAACACCACAGCCAGCAGGGCUGUAGUCAGUCUGACUGUUUUGUAGUGUGAUAAAUCUGUUGAAAUAAAAUCCAUGUAACUAUUAGGACCCUGACUUUUUGUAAAUGUGUGUAUAUUUUAUUCUAACAAUGUUAUUUGAUCAAAAUUACAAAACACAACAAAAUUUGCCAUAUUUCUGCCUUGGAAGGUCAUAACGGUCCUGUAUUCAUUAUAGACGGCGUAUCAGUUCAGUGUUUGCUCCUUUUUCCCGCUCUUGAAGACACACGUCACUGUUGCCUAGCAACUGUUUUUCUAGUUUAUUUAUGCUGCUGAAAAGCUAAAACCAAAGAGGAAAGAAAGCUUUCCAACCUAUAACCAAAUAAUUGAGGACAAUACAUUUAAAUCAGAUAAACAAUAGCACUGAAACAGGCAGAAUAAAGUAAAUUAUGAGUAGAUGAAUAGAGACAGAGAUACUGCCACAGAGGCUUUAGCUUUGUUUCAGAGGCUUGAUGACACUGAGUCUGAUGGAGGAGCAGGUUUGGAUACGACGUUUCCUGGUCUCUUCAAAGGUCCACUGACACUCUGAUACUUGCAUUAUGAUUUUACAGCACAGUAAUUUCUAAACCAGUCUCUUUUCCUGCAGUUUAGCCAGUUUUUUUAUUCUCCACUGUGACCAUCAGCCUGACUCUUGUGGCCGUUUUACAUGCAUUUCCUACAUGUCCAUAAAGUUUUUUUUGUUUUUUUUUUCACCAAUAUGCAUUGAAAUGCAUAUUGGUGAAGGUUUUUUGUUGUUGUUUUUCAAUUAUUAUUUCCUAACAUCCAAGGAAGAAUGAAUUUGUUUUAAAUUACAGUAACAGGUUCUGUAAUUGUCGAUUAACAAAUAAAUUUUCACAUUUAUCAGAA